AUGGUCCAUCCAGCCUUGGAUGAAAAGAUUCUGGAAGAUGUCGCCAGGACUGGCGAGAUGGACUAUGACAAAUGGCCGUCAUUGAUCGAGCCUCUGCUCGAGCGCCUCAGCCAGAUUGUCUACACCGAAUUUCCUCUGCCGCGACCGUAUCCCGAUACCACCAGACCCCCGCCGGCAUCCUCACCCAUCCAAGCCCGAGACCCUAAUAAUAUCACCCAGACACCGUCGACUCCCAUCAGAACGCUACCUCCCGUGCCUCCCUUCCCAAAUUCGUCAGCAAGCCGUGUGCCGGAUUCACUCCCUCCCUCUCAAGAUCUGUUGUCUGACUCCUCGAAUGAACUUCCCCCUCUUGUACUUCAAAUCUUCAACAGCGUCACCCACACCUUACGAACAUCAUUCUUCCAAAGACCACCUCAUACCGUUCAACGGCUGGCGGAGUUGGUAUUAUACCCUACGAAACAUUACAAGACGCUUCCAGCUUGGCUUCGUGCAGUUGACCGUGUUGUUAGUGUCAGUAGCACGGCAGAUAUCUUCCCUCUUUCAGAUACACUGGCUGUGGUCAACGGCGUCAACGGUGACGGUGGAGGAGGGAUACUCUGGAACAACAGCGAUAAUAGGAAUGGUUACGACAAUAAUUCUCUGGGGAGUGAUGAAAGCUUGGGAGGAGCACUUCUCACGCCCAUACCAUGGUUGCGCAACGGAAUUACCGGUGAAGAUUCCGGCGAAGAGUCGACACAAUUGGAUUCCCAUAGCGGUUCAAGUACAGACGGCUUGGGCGAGCCUUUGAUUACACUAUCCUCCGACCGGGUCGAUAUGGACCCAUUGGUCCCGGAAAGAGCCGACGGUGCUGUCACCCAGGGCGAACUGAUGCGCAUGGAACAAGAGGCCGGUGUGGUCCCUUUGACCCAGAAUCCUCACCAUACGAAUGCUGGCAGGACAAUGGCAGGAGCCGAACAUGGGCUAUACAUGGGGGAGGAGGGGGAGGAGGAUGGUCUUGUGCCGCAUGCACGUGGACCCGACGUGGUGGGAGCUGUGGAUGUGGGUCGAGUUGAUGGUCAGGACGUUCAGAUUCGCAUCGGUAGUCCACCUGGUGAAGGAGAUGACAAUAAGGCCGAUCCGAAUGAUGCACAGACAGUGCUUCCGGGGUAUGACACCUCGAACAUCAGUACAGAUGCGACAGCCUCGUCGGCAGGGGAUUCUGAAGGGUUCGAAAUCGUGCUCAAGGAUGCCACUGAGAAUUCUGAAGCUGAUGGAAUGCAGCUCGAUGACAUCGAACAACUAGCCGAUAGGGACUAUCAGCACACAACGGAUGAACAAGACGGGGACAUUGUACUCGUUGAUGCAAAUGGGAGAACUGAGGACGAACCAGGCCAGACAGCUGAUGUUCCGAGUGAAAGCGUCGGUCCUGAUGGCGUGGAUUCCUCUAGAGCACCUUGA